CGUUAAACCUCAUAGACGAAGAAAAAGGUGUGAUAGUAUUUAACGACUUAUGGGAGUCAGUUCUCUUUUCCCAGGGAGACGUCAACAAAGUUUCUGAGUGAGAUAACAUGGAAGACAACAACAACCAAGUGACAAGAAAGUGCCAUCAGAAAGGGAAUAAUGGCUUUAGAACGGACCGUGUGGUUGUGCGUAAAUUCGAAAGCGCUGACUAUCCGGACGUCGAGCGCAUAUUCAUUGACGGGCUGAUGGAGAUGGUUCCGGAUACCGCGUUGAGAGGGUUAAAACACCACCCUGAGAGCCUGCUCCUGUACGCCGCUAUGACAAUUGUUUGUUUUAUUGCGACCAAGUCGUUCUUGCUGACUUGUUUGGUGCCUCUCGCUGUCCUGUGCGCGCGCUGCUACUACAGCAGGAGAGUUGCCCUUGGUUACCUGGAGCGCGCCAAACUCACGGAUAUGGGCGACAUCGAGGGACAUUACAUGAAAACUCCAGACUCCUGUCUGUGGGUUGCAGUGCUGGAGGGCAGUGUGGUGGGUGUAGUGGCGGCCUGUGCCCUGCGGGGGGAAUCUGGCACUGUGGAGCUGCAUCGCAUGUCGGUGGACCGACGCUGUCGGCAACGUGGGGUUGGCGUUGCCCUCGGGCGGAAGGUUCUACAAUAUGCAGCGGACCGUGGCUACCUCUCUGUCGUCUUGGGAACCACGGCCUACUCGCCGGCUGCUCACCAGCUAUACCAGACUCUGGGGUUCCGAUGCGUCGGCGUCACCAAGGGAUACGCCACGCCUGGCGUGAGCCGGUCGGUACCGGAGCAGCUCUUCUACCGGGUCAGUCAUCACCACUACCGGAAGGACAUGACCGUUCACAAUACUAACACUCACAGCCAGCAGUGAACACGGAACAGGGAUGGAGCACGGCGCGGAACAGGGAUGGAGCACGGCGCGGAACAGGGAUGGAGCACGGCGCGGAACAGGGAUGGAGCACGGCGCGGAACAGGGAUGGAGCACGGCGCGGAACAGGGAUGGAGCACGGCGCGGAACAGGGAUGGAGCACGGCGCGGAACAGGGAUGGAGCACGGCGCGGAACAGGGAUGGAGCACAGCACACGAGUGCACAUGCCGGCAAACACACACAUGAAUGCACACCACACACACCACACAUACCACACACACCACUCUAACCCAACCCCCUGAGACCCUGAACUCAGAGCACCGUGUUUCCCCAUUUAGGGAAUGGAAGAAAAUCACCAGAACGUAAUGUAUGUAAUCGCUAGGUUAAAGGUAAAGAGUUGUUCGCACACGUACCUGUUUCCCCUUGUGAUUUGAAGAGGGUUCUGUUCAUUUCCUGUUCUGAGAAUUGGUGGGGAAAUUGGGUGCGUUCGAGCGCAUGGUUUAUUCAGGGCAAAGCGCUAGUAGCUUAUUCCGGGGGACAUGUUUAUAUCCCAGGUUAUUGAUGCUUAAAGCAUAGCAGCGUCUCCAAUUGAAAUGUGUGCCUGUAUUAUUACAUAUGUUUAUCUGAACAUGUCUGUAGGGUAUAUCAUGUGCUUUGAAUGUUAAUUGAGCAGAUGUAGAAGGCUUGGGUAUUGCUAUAAGAAGCCUGUACUCUUUGUUUGAGGAACAGGACAGGGAAUAGGUCGGCAUGCAGCUCAGGUUUGUUUGAAAUGCUCUAUUUGACAUUCUUGUAAAUACUUGCACAUUUUGCCGGCUAUUAUCUUCACUUGCAAAUCAAAAUACUCACACUGGACAAGAGAAACCAUCGACUUUGUCAGUCUCCUCACUGUUAAAAUCCUACGGUCACGUCAAGUGGUAUUCAAACUUUUUCAGUUUUGAAUUUUCCCGACAGAAUUUUCUGGGGACCCUGUUUUUUUUUUCGCAAUAAUUUCUCGCGACCACACCCAAAAUCUAAUGAUACAACCUUCAAAUCUGUACAUUUCAAUUUUUACAUCAACAAAUAACCUUCAAUUCAUUACAUUUUCAAAAUCAAAAUAAACCAAUAAAUAUAUUUACUCAAAAACUUUU